UUUUAAUGCACAUAUGUGAUAUCAUGUUCUUGAGACUACACUUCAGGCUCUCAUGUUCUUGCUUUUCUUCUUGUGUUGAUGUUGAAAAUGCAAUUCUCACAGUGGAUAGAGCAAGCUUCUGAACCCAACAAGGAAGCAGUUAUUAAAGCAUUGCUAGGUGCAAAAGAAGCUAUGCUUGGGAUUAGAUAUCAUAUGCGCCUAAUGGGUGAGGCUGCAGGUGUUCCUAUUGAACCAAAAUCACAAACAAAACUUUUAGAUGCUACACUAAACUUGGAAGGAGUGUUGUUGGCUGGAGUUCCAGGAGUAGGAGGAUUUGAUGCUGUCUUUGCUGUUACUUUGGGAGAUUCAAGCAGCAAUGUGACAAAAACAUGGAGCUCACUCAAUGUUCUUGCCCUUCUGGUUAAAGAAGAUCCUUGUGGCGUUUCUUUAGAAAGUGCUGACCCUAGAACAAAUGAAAUCACUUAAGCUGUAUCUUCAAUUCAUAUUGAAUAA